CGUUGAUGCAGGUGCUGCUGUGAUGUCACUAGCCUGGAUGGCCGAGAUGAUGACUGAUGCCUGGGAUGGCUAAAGGGAGAGUUGGCGUGAGCGCGGCCCCGACCGCCAGCCGGAUUCAUGGCUGAAGAGUUUGACCGCCAUGUUUUCAUUAGCGCCAGUGCGAGCAGAGAAGCUGAUGCUAGUGCCAGUAGUGCAGUAGUGCAGCGGUGGCGUGUGCAGGACAGCUCGCCGUGGAUGGGCUACAUGCAGGUCGCUGUCAGCGCUACGUGACGACAAGGAAAUGGCCAAGCAACCGCCUUCCUAUAGGUCUGAUUGCCGGGCCAGGGCCCACCAGCAUGGCCAAGCUCGGUUUGAGCCGAACGACAAGGAUGCACACCCGUUUCUCUCUCACAGCCGAUGAUGGCGAGAACCCAUUACAUGUACUUGACUUCAGCUGAGAAAGAAGGAAAGACGACUCGUUGAGCUGCGAGUUGCAACAUUAAAGAUCAACUUCCUUCCUCAGCUUCCUUCCCCUCCACCCACCAAGCUAAUGGGUUUCAGCAGAUGAAAAGAAGUAUCUGCCCCAUUUUACCUGAAGCGGCUGGGAAAAAUUAUGCUGUAGACAUUUAUAUUUUUGCAUCGCCGGCAGAAGAAGGAGAGAAAGACGACGGUAGAUGGUGCUUUCAGCCGCAUUUCAAACUGGCUGAGUGAGAUUUGAGACCCUGAGAGAGAGAGAGAGAGAUGAAGCGACACAAAAUUGCCAAUGGAAAAAUGGCUGCGCAGAGUGCGCUGUCGUUGCUGCUGCCACUGCUGAUGGUGAUGCUGUGCGGAGUUGUCCAAGUCGAAGCUCAAAGAAAACCUCCUGUAAUGGCUCAAGGUCCUUCUGAAGCCCCAACACCACAGCCUUUCCCGGAUGGAGUGAUGGGUGGUGGCAUGCCCAGUGUAGGCAACCAUAGACAGGAUCAACAGAAGGCCUUUCCGAUGCCAAAGAUGCCAAACGUCACAUACUACUUUGUGUUUGCACAGCUCUGGCCAAACGGGUAUUGUAUGGCGGCGAUUAAAGAUAACUGCCACCAGCUGCCGCUUCACUUCCCUGAGAACAUGUGGACAGUUCGUGGAUUGUGGGUGGCAAUGUCCAAGUCGAGUAAACACAUUCGCUAUUGCAAGAGUAGCGCUGAGGCGAUGAAAACACCUCCAACAGCAAGCCUACCACAACCGCAGCAGAAAAAUCCUCUACUCAUGCAACACCAUCUGAGUGAUCAGCCACACAUAUCCAGCCAAAUGGCAAUAGACCUGGAUAGGAUAUGGCCACCACUGGAGGCUGGACCGGUGCCAGCUAAUCGCUGGGUGCAGGAAUACAAGACGUAUGGUGUCUGCACAGGUUUGGGCGAAGACGGCUACUUUGGCAUGAUCCUGAACCUUCAUCAGCAGUUCAGUAUGUAUAACAUCCUAGCCAGUGCCAGUGUAGUGCCAGAUGACAUCUACACGUACAGAGCAUCCACUCUGAAGAAUGCGAUCCGCAAAGUGCACGGAUUUGAGUGCGAACUGCUCUGCAGAAGAAGGCGUCUGUCGGCCAAUGGACGCUUUGCCUACGUUAACAUCCUGCAGGAAAUACAUUUCUGCUUCAACGUGAACCUGGAGCCCAUAGAUUGUCCAUCCAGAAAUAGCACCAUCAAUCAAAUCAACAUCCUUCAUGAUCGGCCGUUUAUAUGCGCAUUUGAUGUUCUAUAUCCCAAAUUCCCAAGUGGCGUCCAUGAUAUGAAAGAUAAAACUGUAGGUCAGCCGCAGCAGGUGAUGAACCCGCCCGGUCCAGGCCCAUCGCCGCAGGUGCACUACCCAGUCCAGACCAUAGCAUAUCCGGUUGCUGGCGCUGCUGGCUUGCCACCAGUACUGGAUCACCAACCGGUGCAAGGUGCCGCACCACAGCAAGUCGACUCGUACAUCUAUGUAGUGAAUCCCGGAGCUGCAGCACCACCAUCCACGGGUGCAGGUGCCAGCGUGGUGCAAGUAAGCCCUGACUACGGACAGCAGCAACACCAGCAGCCUCCGAGUAGAGUUUCCAGUGGUGGAAUAUUUGACGCGUCACCUGGUUAUGGUCCCCAUGGUGGUGGUGGCGGCGGUGGCGGUGGUGGCGGCGGAGGCGGUGGUGGCUAUGGUCAAACGGUCGAUGCUCAUCCACGGAACUAUGCUGGUCAUGCUCCUGGGGCCAUUGAUCCAGGUUUGCCAAACCCAGGUGGAUAUGGCUCUCGAGGCGGUGGUACCACAGGUGGUGGUCCUUAUGGUAAUCAGGGCAAUGGAUAUGGAACAGGUGGUGGUGGUGGUGGUGGUGGUGGUGGUGGUGGUGGAGGCGGUGGUGGUGGUCACCAGGGUAGUCAACGAGGAUCACCAUUCGGAUCGCCAGCUGGAUCGCCAGCCAGCGCAUACGGUAGACACGUGCGCGUUGACCCGGGCGCACAAUUUGGUACCUUUCGCAUCAGUCCGCAAGCACCUCCUGGUACACUGCAACACGCACAGGCCUUAGUAGCUGCACACCUCCUAGCAGCUGCAGCUCCAGGCUCGCGCCUUGGUCAUGGGCCCCGGCCAGCUGGACCCGGCCACUCUGAACGCACACAUGCACCCGACCAGGUUAUCGACGUUGAUGCGCACUAUGGGGGAGAAGCCGCUAAUCCUGCCGCAAAGGAUCCUAAGACAGCGAGCACUCCAGGACACCACGUCGGUGUGCCAAGUAGGCAGCCAAGACAAGAUCCCAGAAAUGGCCGCCGGCCUGCUGUACCAGGAGAUAACAUGGCAGCAGAAGCAGCAGCACAAGAAGCCAACAAGGCUCCCAUGUUCUACGAUGGUACACCAGUUCUGUAUAAACCUUAUGCUUCCCUCGAGGGGAGAAUUCCGGUUGCAGAAUACAAGGCGAAAGCAGUAGGUGCUCAGGUUGUUGCAAGUCAAGUUGACCACACGCGCCCAAUGCUGGAUGCAUCCAUCAUCAAUGGUGUCAAACGUCGCCUUGGCAACAAGGCACGCCGCUGGUUUGACCCCGUUCUACCCAGCCAGAAUCCAGCUGAAGUGGCAGCAAUGAUUGAGAAGCGUAAACCAUCAGCUGAAAACCAUUUUGCUGGAUGAUAAGGACAACAGUCAAGUUAUACAUUCAUCAAUGUAUCGUGUGUUACCUGUGCGGACAAAGCAACCAGUAUAUCUACACAUAGCCUGAAGAAUCUUUCAGAUGAGUUUCGCCACCAGUCGACUUGAUCCAAUGUACGACCGUAGGAUAUGUAUUGACUUGUUCACUAUGUUGAAUAAUACGUGUUUAUCUUCUGUACACCCCACACCCCAAACUGGAUAGCAUUAUUGAACAUCAUCCGGGUCUAGUAAUUGCGGAGGACUAUCAUUAAAUGAUCUUGACUAUGUUGCCGGCACAGCAUAAUGUCACUAUAAAAACUAUGAUUUCUAUCAAUAUUGAUUCAAGCACAGAGAAAGGAAUUCCAUAAUAUACUUAUAAUGUUUGUCACCAAACGCUGGCAGUCGAUUUUAUGAAAUCCCAGGGUAUCUGGUAUAGUAACUUUUUAGUAUGCACUAUGCUACAGCCUUGAAAGUAACUGCUCCAUGCAGGAAUACCCUACCGUGCACACCUAUGAUAAUCUGCACGCGGAGCCUAGUCUACACAGCAGUAUGAUUUUGUUAGAGUGGUGUGGCCUGGUCUACACAGCAGUAUGAUUGUGUUAGAGUGGUGAGUGGUGUGGCCUGCAAGCAAUGACGCUCACUUGACUGGUUGACCUAUCCUC